AUGAUCGCUGCUGGCCAGACGCGGCCCGUCACGGUGGCCACCGUCCGCAUCGCGCUGGACCUCGCCUGGCUGAUGGCUCCACGUUGCUGGCAGGCGAUCAUGAACCCCGACUGCAAGGAGAUCAGGCGGUGGGUGGCUGCGCAUGUGGCCUCGCUGGUGGUGGAAGCGGUCGUGCCCGCUGCACAACUGUGGGCGACCAGCCGGUUGCUCGACCUUGCGGAGCGUUCGCUGUCGACGGGAGAGCCGGCAGAGUGGGGGCCGGCUCUGUACGCCGGCGCACUGGUCAUGUUCUUCAAGGUGUUCACCCAGUACAUGACGCCGUACUUUAGCAUGGCUGAGACUAUGGUCAUUGAUGAAGCCAAGAUCAAAGUGGAAAAGUCUUUCUUUCGCCUGCAGCUGCGCACGACGAUGGAGCAGUCUGCCGACCCCGUCCACUCCGGACUGAUGACCGAAGCGUCCGUCCACGCUGGUCUCGGAUACAUGGCGACGGGCAGGACCCUCAACCACAACCUCACGCACAUGAGCAAUAAGAUCCAGGCUGUCGGUCAGCUGUUCUCCUUCUUCAUUUCGCUGGGCACGCAACUGUUUGUGGUGAUCCACAUCCUCCAAACCAACGGCAGCGCGAUGGUCAACACAGUGUUCAUUGUGUUGUUCACGCUGCCUGUCGUGGUCAAGCUGUGGACCAUCCAAUCAGACCACAUGGUGCAUCGCGGAUGGAACCCCAACAACUCCACGUACAUGGGGUCGGCCCUUCGAGACGUGAUCAGCGGACCCAGUCGGCGAGACGAGGUAGCGCUCUUCGGGCUGGACAAGUGGUUGCUGGGGAUCUGGGAACAGGCCCAAAAGGAUAACAACAGGGAUCGAUGGGAGGCCAACGACGCGCGACUUCGGCAUGGCGCAGGCCUCAUGGUCCUCACCAGUGCCCUGCAGAACGGUGUAUUGAUUCUCCUCGCCACCCGUGUCCUCGGGACGAACAGCUCUCUCGCAUCGCUUACACUGCUCCAAACGGCGAUCAUGACAUUCUCGCGGGACAUUGAGCGGGCGUUCCGGCACGCCCGGCGGGUGAUGGACAUUGUCAUCAUCCUCGCAGCCUAUUUCGGCGCCAUCGACAACGAGAAGGCUGCACCGGACGGAACUGUUGAUUACGAGAAACGCCGCACCGCAGGCGGGAUGAGCAUCGAGGUGCGUGACCUCAGCGUCACCUAUCCGAAGAGCGACAAGGCAGCCGUGCACGGCAUCAACCUCAAGAUCGACGCCGGCGAGACGCUCGCCAUUGUCGGCUUCAACGGCGGCGGCAAGACGACGCUUGUCAAGGCCAUCAUGGGCCUGGUGCCGUUUUCGGGCGAGGUGCUCGUGAACGACAUGUCGACGGCACAGUACCGACGCGCAACGCUGUACCAGCGAAUCACGGGCAUCUUUCAAAACUUUUCAAAGUACCCUCUCACUCUGCGUGACAACAUUGGAGCGGGCAAUGUCGACGCCCUCCGUCGCGGCGACGACGAGGUCCUCCAGCAAGCGGUGGAGCGCGGUGGUGCCCAGCAUGUGGUCGAGCGGACGUCUCUCGACUCGUUGUUGAGCUACACCGAGGCCGGUUCCGAGAGCCACUUCCGCCGGGCGAUGCAGGACCAAGAGGGCGACAGCGAGAGUGAGAGCGAGGAUGACGACGCCGAGAACGCCGGUCCCAACGGAAAGGACACCAAGAAGACCAACGGAACCGCCACGGUUGACGACAAGAAGGAGUUGGAUGGGAACAGGAACGGCAACGGCAACGACAACGACAAGGCCGCCCCCAAGAAUGGCAAUGGCAAGACUGGCCGCAAGCCCAAGAGGACCAAGACGGGCAGGAUGCCCUUCUGGAUGCUGCUCAAGUAUCUCUCGGGCGGGGAAUGGCAGCGCAUCGCGCUCGCACGAGCGUUUAUGCGGACGGACCCGGACCUGGUGGUCUUUGACGAGCCGACGUCCGCGCUCGAUCCGCGCGCCGAGGCCGAGCUGUUCGACCGCCUGCACUCGCUGGGAACCACGUGUACGACCAUCUUCAUAUCACACGGGUUCGGCAAUGUGCGGCGCGCGGACAAGAUUGCGUUCAUGGACGACGGAACUAUCAAGGAGUACGGGACCCACGACGAGCUCAUGGCCCUUGGCGGCAAGUAUGCCGAGCUGUUCGCCCUGCAGCGCGACAGGUUCGGGUUCGAUGGCGACAAGACGUCGUCGUCCGGCAGGCAGUCGCCCAAGAGUGAGGUGGAUAAGGAUGAGAAUGUCAGCGUUGUAAGCCCAUAG